AUGAAGACAUUAGAUAUGCUGAUAAAUAAUAUUUCGGUGAAUUGGGAUGCUGCGUUGGGAGAACGAACAGGAAAUGUCGGCCUCGGUGCAAUCAUUCGGAAUCAUCAAGGAGAGGUGCUGGCUGCGAGGAGCCUAACACGGGUUGGUUUGCUUGAACCCGCUGCAGCUGAAGCGCUAGGAGCUCUAAUGGCAAUCCAGCUAGCACGGGAUAUGGGUUAUUUGAGCAUCAUUCUAGAGGGGGAUGCCAAGGUGGUCAUUGAGGCGGUGCUUUCAAAUGAACCAGACUGGAGUAGAAGAGGUCACCUCAUUGAUGAUAUCCGGACUGCCCUUACGUCCUUUACUCAGUGGAAGAUGGCAUACGUUCAGAGGGAUGCAAACAAGGCAGCACACAGGUUGGCAAGGAUGGCAACGGCCCAGUCUAUGGAUAAAGUGUGGACCUUUGAUUUUCCUGAAUGUAUACGUGAACUCUGUUUUUCGGGAGCUAAGUGCUCAGAGCAUGUUUGA